UAGUUGUGGUAGCACCAGUCGGAAUGUUAUUUAACCCGACAAGACAUAUGAAAACAAAAUAAAUCAUGGGUUGGUUUACAAAAGUUGAAGCAAAGGCAAACGAAGCCAUCCCCGGAUUGGAUUUGGAAGCGAACUCUGCGGCAUCAAACAAACCCCAAGAGCCAGCAAAGGAUAAUGCAGAAAACAAAAAUACCGGCGAAGAAGCCCCUACCAAAACAAAUAAAGAAUGGGGAUAUGACUUGUACCCCGAGAGACGUGGUGAAGAAUUUAAACCUAAAUGGUCACGCAUUCUGCUCGGUCUGGAGGGUCAUGAAAACAUGGAUAAAGUCAAAUGUGAACGCAACGUAUACUGGUGUGUCAAGAAUAGCCCUCUGGUUAAGCUUAUGAUGGGAGCACUGCGAAGUUCUGGUUGUCCCAUUGACUUGAGAAGACACAUUUCAUGUGAGGUAUGUGACAGCAGUGUAACUGGUGGCUAUGAUCCCGUCCUUAAUCAGAUCGUUGUUUGUCAAAAUAUGGCACGCAAAGAAGGCAUGGUACAGGGUGUUCUGACACAUGAAAUGAUCCACAUGUUCGAUUAUUGUAACAAUGAUUUGGAUUUCCGCAACAUUGAUCAUUUGGCAUGCACCGAAAUUAGGGCAGCAAAUUUGGCUCAUUGUUCCUUUUUAAGUGCCAUGAUGCAGGGUGAUGCUUCGUUGUUUAACAUCAAACAAAGUCAUCAGAAAUGUGUCAAAUCCAAAGCAUUGGCCUCAGUUUUAGCUGUACGCAAUGUUACCCGCCAAGAAGCCAUAGAUGCUGUGGAAAGAGUAUUUCCUAAGUGUUAUAACGAUUUAGAACCAAUUGGACGUCGCAUUCGAAGAAACUCACCGGAUCAACAUAGAGCCUACAUGGAAGGUCCAAUGUAUGGCUAUGAUGUAUAUUAGAGUAAUAGUAAAUUUGUUAAUUUUUUUCGUUUAAAAUGAAAACAACUUUGGUAAUGGCAAAGUAAAUUUAUAAUAAUACCAA